AUGAAACGCAUUCUUAUGAACAGUUUACAAAAGUUGGAAUUUCAACGUUUAUUGAAUCGAGAAAUGUGCAAAGAAAAAUUAAGUAAUUUACCGGAUGAUGUUCUUUGUACCGAAGAAGCACAUAAUCGAAACGUUUGCUUGACAAAAAAAAAUUCGGUAUUAUCCAAUAACUUAUCAUUUUCUAUUAUAAAUGAUAGAGAUAGUGAUUGA